AUGGCCGCCGGACCUAGAGGAGGGGCUGAGGGCGACAGCAUCCCGGCGGCGGUGGCGGUUGGACUGGCGGAGUGCGGGCGGCGCUGGAGCGCUGCCGACCGAGCAAGGGAGGAACCCCGGUGGGCGGUGGCCGACGGCGGGGGCGAGGAGAAGGCGGCAGCAGGAGCGGUGAGCAAGGGCAGUCUCUCGAUUGGCUGCGCCGGCGACAUCUCCCUCCCAUAUGCCGCCCUCCGUCGAGAUCUCCCCUCCAUCUCAUCGCGCGUCGUCCCUCUCUCUCGAGCCCAUGGCGAGCAGCGGCCUGGAUCCAACGCCGGAUUGCUUGAGGCGGCAGCGAACCAGACAGAUCCCCUUGGAACGGGGUUUCCAUCACGCGUGCAAGAGGUUCCACCAGGCCAAUCACGUGAUGUUUCUGGGGUUCCCCAAGAUGCUGCGCGAGUGUCACUGCUCGAGCUUGAUAAACUUCCAGAGGAUAUAUUGUGCCAUAUACAUUCCCUUCUACCACUACCAGAUGCCGCCCGUGCUGCCUGUGUGUCUCAUAGAUUUCUACACUCUUGGAGAUGCUUCCCUAACCUCACAUUUUAUCAGACAACAUUUGGUUUGAACAAGGGUACAUCAUAUGAAAGGGAAAAGAACUUCAUUGACACAAUUGACCACAUCAUUAGAAACCGCUCUGGCGUUGGGGUGAAGACACUUAUACUUGACGUUAGCCAUUGCGGCAAGGUCAUUACGGCUCAGCAUCUUGACAUAUGGCUCCAAGCUAUCAUCAGAUCUGGAAUUUUAAAAAUCUAUGUCGAGCUUCCUCCACAUUACAGUCCAGAGCACAACCUCCCGUGUUCACUUUUGUCUUGUGCUGGAAGCUCGCUUCAGUCUAUUUCCCUCUUCUCUUGUGCUUUUCACCCAACAUUAACAAUUGGUUAUUUGAAAAGCUUGAAACGCGUGUGUCUGAACCAUGUCCACACUACUGAGGAGGAACUAGGAUGUCUUUUCUCCAGUACAGUUUCAUUGGGAUUUAUUGAACUUACCAGUUGCAAUGAGAUCACUUUCUUGAACAUACCUUCUCAUCUGCAGGCUCUUAGUACUCUGAUGGUAUUCAUGUGCACAAGUCUACAAACCAUAGAAAUUUAUGCUCCAAAUCUUACCAAGUUCUGGUUCGCUGGCCCGCCCAUUGAAAUAUUAAUAAACAACUCAUCGCAACUGAAUUACAUGAGUAUGAAUGGUACAUAUAACUCUGGCACGAUCCAAUAUGCUCAGACCAAACCCCAGUCCAUCGCGCCGAAGCUUCAAACCCUUUCCUUGACAUCAUCUAAAAAAAGGGCGUACCCAGUGUCAUAGGCUUCCCGCACUGUGCGGAGUCUGGGGAAGGGUUGUCUUUAAGCCCCAAGCCUUACCCACACAAAUGUGCAGAGGCUCUAAAGAGGUAUCUAAAUCUAAAUUGUUAACUCACUCCAUGUACAGUAGAACAUGGAACAUCUAUUUUUUUUUCUCAGACACCUUUGAACAUUUAUUAACCUUGGUAUAUCUUUUUUCAGACUUUCCAUACGCCAGUGUUGCCUGGGAAAUUCUUCCACCUCAAGCGCCUGCAUAUUUUUCUUUUUGGCACUGGAUUCCAAAGCUAUGAUUAUUUGUCUUUAGUUUCUUUUCUUGAAGCUUGUCCGGCCUUGGAAACUUUCUUCUUAUGUGCAGGUGGAUACAAUGCAUGGCAGGAUACAACACCUCAAGAUUCCAAUGCAGAUUCGUUACAUAUUAGGCAGAUUCCAGAAUUCCAGCAUGUCAAUCUCAAGAAAGUAUCAAUCCUGCGAUUCUCAUCCGCAAAGAGCUUGAUUGAGCUGACUUGCAAAAUUAUUGAGAAUACCCCAUCACUACAAUGCCUUGUGCUUGACACAAGCCCUAGCUACAGAUGCAAAAUAAUGUCUCUGGAUGAUAUCAGAAAAUCCCGCUGUGCUGUUGAGGCUGUUGAAAGAUAUAUUGUUGGGAAAGUUCCCUCAAGUGUUGAAUUCAAGAUUUUGGAGCUUAGCAGCCAGCCUCUGGUGAACUUGUGGCCGACCUUGUGAGUAGAACGGCAAUCCAUGAAUCCAGCGGUCAUUGAUGCUUUCAUGUUUCUGAAAUUCGCCAUGCCGGCGAUGAGCAGCAAAAGUAGAACCGAUAGAUUUCAAUGCGGAACAGGCAAGUCUGACCUGAUACAGUUCUUCAAGAACAAGGGCCAUGAAUUCUGGCGGUUUCUUAAUUUGAUUUGGAGCUUUGUCAUGUACAACUAGCUAGCUUUGUAACAACCAAAGUUAAGUAUCAGACAAUUCUCCCUUUUUUAUUAUUAAUCCCAUCGAUAAUUUGAGGUGUUC